UUGUUCAAAUAUCAACUUAAUUAACAGUGUUUAAAAUAAUAUCAAACAUUUUUUGAUUGAAUUUAUCAUCGAAAUAGUGAAAAUCAAAACAAUUCUGCUGGUUCCAUGACUAUUUAUGGUGAUUUUUGGGUUGAGUCAUUAUUGAAUCAUUUCCCGCCUAGAUGCAACUAGAAACAGCUGUUUGGGAAAACAUUUUUGUAAACAAAUGCUCUUAUGCUUACAAUUGUUUCCUGUUUUUGAACUUUUCAUCUUUUAAAUCUUUUAUUAUUUCAGUAUUUAUUGUGUAAUCGAGAUGCCUCUUGAGGAGUGUAAAUACGGUCCAGCUUGUUACCGAAAAAAUCCAUCACAUUUCCAAGAAUUCAGUCAUCCUUGGUUAGAAGAAGCCGUUAUGGAUAGUGAUGAAUCAAAGAAACCUUGUACUCCUUGUAUUAAUGAAGAUGCCACUCCGGAAAUUAUUGAAGAUCAAAAUUGUGCAAAAGAUGAGAUUCAUUUAAACAAAAGAAAAAGAUCGGACUCAACAAGCUCAUCUAACAGUUUAUCAAAAUCACCAAUCACCAAGACCGCAAGAAUUCAAAGCAAUCCUCUUAAUAUGUAUCUUACCAAAGUUAAAGGAAUGGAUGAAAGUGUCAAUAAUUUUUGUUCUAUUGGUAUUAUUGAAAUAUUAUCAAGUAAAUGGGGACAGCUCCAAGAGUCAGCUCAAUUUAAUUACAUGUUUGAGGUCGAAUGGCUUAUCGACAAGUAUCCACCGUGUUUUCGUCAUUUACCAAUGCUUUUAGUUCACCAGGAUAAAAGAGAAACUACAGCUCAAUUAGAAGCUGAAACAGCUCCUUAUGGAAAUAUUGAUUUAGCCAAAGCCAGAUUAAAUGAUGCAUUUGGAACACAUCACACUAAAAUGAUGCUACUGCGAUACGAAGAUACUCUUCGAGUUGUAAUUCAUACAGCAAAUCUGAUUGAACAAGAUUGGCGAGAGAAAACUCAAGGAGUUUGGUUGUCACCACUAUUUCCUCUUUUUAAAGAAGAUGAGGAACCAAGAGACAAGUCUCCAACUAAGUUUCAGACGGAUUUAAUUUUAUAUUUAAGAUCAUAUAAGAGCAAAGCCGUUGAUCAUUGGUGUGAGUUAUUGAAGAAAUAUGAUAUGUCAGAAGCCAAAGUGUUCAUCAUUGGAUCAACUCCUGGACGGCAUACUGGCGCUGAUUUGCAUAAAUUUGGGCAUAUGAAAUUAAGAAAAAUUUUAUCAUCAAAUCAUGCAACUUGUGAAAACGUUCAAGCUAAUUGGCCAGUAAUUGGUCAAUUUUCCAGUAUUGGCUCACUUGGAGCGAAAUCUGAAGCAUGGCUUCAAGGCGAAUUCCUACAGAGCCUGGGAACUACACCCAAACGAUUUACUGCAUUUACCAAACCUCCAUUAAAAUUAGUUUUUCCUUGUGUGGAGGAUGUCAGAAAUAGUUUAGAAGGUUAUAAAGCAGGAGGUUCAUUACCUUACAGUGAUUCAACUCAUCAGAAACAAUUGUAUCUAACAAAAUUUCUUCAUCGAUGGAAAAGUGAUAAAAAAGGAAGAACUCGUGCCUCACCACACAUUAAAUCAUAUUUCAGAGUUUCUCCUGACAUGAAACAAAUUCACUAUGCAGUUCUAACUAGCGCAAAUCUCUCUAAAGCAGCCUGGGGUGGUUUAGAGAAACAAUCUUCUCAACUUUGCAUACGAUCUUAUGAACUGGGAGUCCUAUUUCUACCAAAGAUUUUUGGACAACAAGAUACCUUUGUUGUUUCAGACGGUCUGGUAGUGGACGGUGACGGAGAAAAAGAUCCUAUUUCAUUCCCAGUGCCUUUUGAUUUACCUCUAACUCGUUAUGGAGAUGAAGAUCAACCAUGGAGAUGGGAUGUUUGUUAUAAAAGUAUUCCAGAUUCUCAUGGAGAUGUGUGGAUUCCUUCUUGAA